UACGACUCCCCCCACUCACCGCCGCGUCCCGAUCUCUCUGUUGCCGCAUGACAGGAGCAGAAUCCCGGAAGAGCCCGUUUGUGCGUCCCGAUCUCUCUUUCGCCGCAUAAGAGUAGCAGAAUCCCGGCAGACCUCGUUCUCCAUGGAUAUCGUGGACGCCUACAGAGGCGGUAGCGCGACGGUAAACAGCUCGUCCAUAUGGAGGCGUGGAGAGGACGCCGUCUUUUCGCGCUCCUUCUCCCGCGACGGGGAGGACGACGAGGAGGCCCUCAUGUGGGCGGCCCUCGAAAAGCUACCGACCUACGACCGGGUUCGUAGGGGGCUCCUUUUGAUGAGUGAGGGAGAGCUCCGGGAGAUCGAUGUCAACCGCAUCGGCCUCGAGGAGCGGAAGAGAUUGUUGGAGAGGCUCGUUAGGGUUGCUGAGGAGGACAAUGAGAGGUUCCUGUUGAAGCUCCGGGAGCGGAUCCACAGAGUUGAACUUGAAUUUCCUACCAUUGAGGUGCGUUAUCAGCACCUAAACAUCGUAGCUGAUGCUUACAUUGGAAACAGAGGCUUACCAACAUUCUUUAACUCGUAUCUUAAUGCCGUUGAGGCCUUCGCUAACUAUCUUCAUCUGCUACCAAGCAAGAAAAAACCAUUAAGCAUCCUCCAUGACGUUUGUGGCAUCAUCAAGCCCCACAGGAUGACAUUGCUACUAGGCCCCCCAGGGUCAGGAAAGACCACAUUAUUGUUGGCUCUUGCCGGAAAGCUGAACUCAGAGCUUAAGGUGUCGGGAACUGUUACUUACAAUGGCCAUAACAUGGACGAAUUUGUUCCUCGGCGAACAGCUGCGUACAUCAGUCAACAUGAUCUGCAUGUAGGGGAAAUGACAGUGCGUGAAACCCUAGCUUUCUCUGCCAGGUGCCAGGGUGUCGGUUCUCGUUAUGAUAUGUUAACUGAGCUAUCUAGACGGGAGAAGGCUGCAAACAUCAAGCCAGACCCUGACAUUGAUAUCUUCAUGAAGGCGACUUCAAUAGAUGGACAGGAAACCAAUGUGAUAACUGAUUACAUUCUAAAGGUUUUAGGAUUAGAAUCCUGUGCCGACACCAUGAUUGGAGAUGAAAUGUUGAGAGGCAUCUCUGGAGGACAAAAGAAACGUGUCACCACAGGUGAGAUGAUUGUUGGGCCAUCGAGGGCACUGUUCAUGGAUGAGAUAUCCACUGGUCUAGACAGCUCUACCACAUUCCAAAUUGUGAAUUCUCUCAGGCAAACGGUUCACAUUCUCAGCGCAACGUGUGUCAUUUCACUGCUUCAACCAGCACCAGAGACGUAUGAACUCUUUGAUGACAUAAUUCUUCUUUCAGAAGGACAGAUUGUUUAUCAAGGGCCUUGUGAGAAUGUGCUUGAGUUCUUUGAAUCCAUGGGCUUCAGAUGUCCUGAGAGGAAAGGCGUUGCAGACUUCUUGCAGGAGGUAACGUCAAUGAAAGAUCAGCAGCAGUAUUGGGUGCGAACCAAUGAAGUUUAUAGAUAUGUACCUAUCAGGGAAUUUGCAGAUGCAUUCCAGUCAUUCCAUGUGGGUCAGCAACUUGGAAGAGAACUUUCAGUACCAUUUGACAAGAGGAAAAGCCACCCUGCUGCUCUGUCCACAUCAAACUAUGGUGUCAGCAAGAAGGAACUCUUGAAAGCAUGCAUGUCGAGAGAGCUAUUACUGAUGAAGAGAAAUUCCUUUGUAUAUGCUUUUAGAGCAUUUCAGCUCAUGAUCAUGGCAAUUAUCAUGAUGACUCUAUUCCUCAGAACCAACAUGCACCAUGAUUCAGUCAAUGACGGGGUGAUUUACAUGGGUGCCUUAUACUUCUUAAUCCUAAUUCACUUGUAUAAUGGCUUUUCUGAGCUUGCUUUGACCGUCAUAAAGCUUCCUGUUUUCUUCAAGCAACGAGACUAUCUCUUUUAUCCAGCAUGGGCUUAUGCUCUACCAGCAUGGAUUUUGAAGAUUCCUAUAACAUUAAUUGAAGUUGCUGUCUCCGUGUUCUUGAGUUACUAUGUUGUAGGAUUUGACCCAAGUGUUGCAAGGCUAUUUAAGCAGUAUUUGCUGCUCCUAUUGGUCAAUCAGAUGGCCUCUGGACUCUUCAAAUUCAUGGCUGUGCUAGGUAGGAAUUUGGUAGUUGCAAAUACGAUAGCAUCCUUUGCUCUGCUUGUCCUGACAGUGCUUGGAGGAUUCAUCUUAUCACAUGAUGAUGUGAAGAAAUGGUGGAUAUGGGGUUACUGGAUCUCACCACUAAUGUAUGCACAGAAUUCAAUCUCGACAAACGAGUUCUUAGCAAAAAGUUGGAAACAAGUUGUGCCUGGAUCAGAAAAGGCUCUGGGAGUGAUGAUUUUGAAGUCUCGUGGAAUUUUUCCAGAGGCAAAAUGGUAUUGGAUUGGAGUAGGUGCAUUGGCUGGAUACGUUUUACUGUUUAACAGUCUCUUCACUCUUGCUUUGACAUAUCUAAAACCAUAUGGAAAAGCUCAGCCAAGUUUAACUGAAGAAGCAUUGAGGGAAAAACAUGCGAAUAUAACAGGAGUUCCCUUUGAACCUUCAUCUAGAGGAAAUCCUGAUCAUCCCACUAAAUCUAAAAGAAAUACUGCAAUAUAUCCAAAUGCGUCCUCAUCUGUAUUAACUGCCGGUGAUAACCAAGCCAGGAAAGGGAUGGUCCUGCCAUUUACACCUCUUUCCAUUACCUUCGACAGCAUAAAAUACUCGGUAGACAUGCCUCAGGAAAUGAGAGCACAAGGCAUCGAAGAGGAUAGAUUACUUCUGCUGAAGGGUGUCAGUGGCUCAUUCAGGCCUGGAGUUCUUACAGCGCUGAUGGGUGUAACUGGUGCUGGUAAGACUACUCUGAUGGAUGUAUUGGCUGGGAGAAAGACAGGUGGGUGCAUAGAGGGUGAUAUUUUCGUAGCUGGCUUUCCCAAGAAGCAAGAAACUUUUGCUCGUGUAUCAGGUUAUUGUGAACAGAAUGAUAUCCAUUCACCACACGUGACUGUCUAUGAAUCUCUUGUGUACUCGGCAUGGCUGCGAUUAUCUGCUGAAGUUGAUUCUGCAACUAGGAUGAUGUUCAUUGAAGAGGUCAUGGAGCUUAUUGAGCUGAAAUCAUUGAGAGAAGCACUGGUCGGAUUACCUGGUGUGAAUGGCUUGUCAACCGAGCAACGCAAGAGGCUAACCAUUGCUGUUGAGCUUGUUGCAAACCCUUCUAUAAUAUUCAUGGAUGAACCUACCUCUGGACUUGACGCAAGGGCUGCAGCAAUCGUCAUGAGGACUGUGAGGAACACUGUGGACACUGGGAGAACUGUAGUGUGCACAAUUCACCAGCCUAGUAUUGAUAUUUUUGAUGCUUUUGAUGAGCUUUUCCUUAUGGAGAGAGGCGGGGAAGAGAUUUAUGUAGGUCCAAUAGGCCAUCAUUCUUGUCACUUAAUUAAGUACUUUGAGGGAGUCAAUGGAGUAAGGAAGAUCAAAGAUGGGUAUAACCCUGCAACAUGGAUGUUGGAAGUGACUUCAGAGGCUCAGGAAGACAUUCUUGGUGUCAAUUUUAGUGAUAUCUACAAGAAUUCAGAACUGUUUCGGAGGAACAAGGCACUGAUCAAAGAACUCAGCACUCCCCCACCUGGUUCAAGUGAUCUUUAUUUCCAAACUCAGUACUCAAGGUCUUUUCCGACACAAUGCAUGGCUUGCCUCUGGAAACAAAAAUUGUCAUAUUGGAGAAAUCCUUCAUACACCGCAGUGAGGUUUUUCUUUACUGUAAUCAUAGCCUUAUUGUUCGGAACCAUAUUUUGGAAUCUCGGAAGCAAGAGGAAGAAACGACAAGAUUUAUUCAAUGCAAUGGGUUCUGUCUAUGCUUCUGUCCUUUUUAUGGGGUGUACAUAUGCUUCAUCAGUUCAACCAGUUGUUGCUGUCGAACGGACAGUCUUUUACAGAGAGAGAGCUGCAGGGAUGUAUUCAGCACUGCCGUAUGCAGUUGGACAGGUUGCAAUUGAGGUGCCGUAUGUCCUCAUCCAAUCUGUUGUUUAUGGAGUUAUUGUGUAUGCUAUGAUUGGGUUCGAAUGGACAGCUGAUAAAUUCUUUUGGUACCUGUUCUUCCUGUCCUUCACGAUGCUAUACUUCACAUACUAUGGGAUGAUGACAGUAGGGUUGACUCCCAACUACAACAUUGCUGCCAUAGUUUCUUCUGCAUUUUAUGGAAUAUGGAAUCUCUUUGCAGGAUUUGUUAUCCCCCGACCGAGAAUGGCUGUUUGGUGGAGAUGGUAUUAUUGGGCAUGCCCUGUUUCGUGGACGGUCUAUGGAUUGGUUACUUCACAAUUUGGGGAUGUUCACGAAAGGCUCGACUCGGGCGAGACUGUGGUUGAAUUCCUGAGGGACUUCUUCGGAUUCAGGCACGACUUCUUGGGAGUGGUCGCGGUGAUGGUUGUUGGUUUUGCUGCUCUUUUUGCAUUCCAAUUCGCUGUGGCAAUCAAAGUGCUCAACUUCCAAAGAAGAUAAUGGGAGAAACGUGACUCGAGUAGAUUAGCCUUGGAUCAAGUAAUUUUAUGUACAUGUAGUUUUUUUGUUUUUGGGUGCAUCAAGGAACACUUGACUACAUGCUUUUCUCUUGAUUGCAAGUGAAGAGGCUUGCAAAUGGCUUCAGCAUUAAUUGUCAACUAUAGGAUGAACAUUGUGGCCUUUGCAUUUAGGAAUGGGCUAAUCAUCUUCAUA